GCAUUUCUUUUCUUGCUUGGAAGAAAGGAGUUUCGUGUACUAUGAAAUAGUUUCCCUUCUUCCAGAAGAAGGAAGGAACUGGAGUCCCGGAACAUAUCCGGGCGGUCUCUAGAUAAUGACGCAAGUGACAGCUCCAGCCACACCGUAACAACUGCAGCACCUGCAGCACCUGCAGCAGCGGCUACAAGAGGAAAUCCUGGGGCUGAUCUGGACCUAGAAGAUGGGAUCGUGGGUUUCUAAUUACACGAAGGGACCACUCCUUAUUUUUGCCUCUAUUUGUGCUUGGUAUUCUGGAUACCUAUUUGCAGAGUUUAUACCUGAUGAAUCUCUAAUUAAUGCUGUCCAUACUAUGCAGAACAUUGGAAAAAAACCUGCCAUCAAAGCUCCACUUCCUAGAAGACAAAAAUGUGGCCAUUGGACUCCAUGCCCACCUAACACCUAUGCUUAUCAGUUACUGAGUGGUGGUGGUCCCAAUAAUUAUGCCAAAAUUUGCUUUGAGGAUGAGCUACUCAUAAGUGAAGAAAAGGGUAAUGUUGCAAGGGGUAUCAACAUUGCCACUGUGGAUUAUAAAACUGGGAAACUCAUACAGACAAAAUAUUUUGACAUGUAUGGAGGAGAUAAUUCUGGGACAUUGACUGAGUUCAUUAAAAACACCCCACAGGAGUCUCUAAUCUUUAUGGUGACACAUGAUGAUGGUAGUAGCAGAUUAAUGGAUGAUGCCAAAAAUGCCAUUGAAGAUUUGGGCAGUAAAGAAAUUAAAAAUAUAAAAUUCAGAUCAAGUUGGGUAUUUCUUGGAGGAAAAGGUAUUGAUUUCCCUGAAGAUAUUCAAAGAGAAAAGAUCAACCAUUCUGAUAACACCAAAAACAGAUAUUCGGGUUGGCCAGCUGAAAUACAGAUAGAAGGAUGUAUACCCUAUGGUAUCUAGGCUACAAUUGUAACUUCUUAAUAAAUAAACUUUCCUAGUUAUAUAUUUAAGAAAAUUAUUUUCUCAAAUAAUUUUCUAAAAAAUUAUAGAAUGUAAGCCUCUUCAGGGCAAGGAUUUUAUAUCCCAGUAUGAUAACUAAUGUUUGGCAAAUGUUUGUUGAAUUGAAUUAAAAUGAAUAAAGCACCA